AUGUCAACACACCUCGAGUCCCUCACCCGCGACGGCUUCGUCCUCAUCCCCUCCCUGCUCACGCCCUCACAGAUCGCCACUCUCCGCGCCGCCAGCACCGAAGUCAUCACCACCGCCCGUGCUGGAAACUGGCCCUUCGUCCGCACCCUUCCCAAGCAAUUCCCGCCCUGGCCCAUCCCAGCCGGCGCAAACCCAGCCGAGAACGGGAUCUGGGGCGUCCAGUUCCUCAUGCACCCCCAUCUCCCCAACUCCAAAAUCUUCGUCUCGAACUACUUUUCCACGCCCAUUAUCUCGGUGGUCAAGGAACUCCUGGAAUGUGACGACGAGGACUUGGUCAUGGAGCUGUUCAAUAUCUUGGUACGGCCGGACCGGGAUUUUGAGCUGCGGUGGCAUCGGGAUGAUAUCCCGUCAACCGCCACCGCGGAAGAGGAGCUUGAGAGGUUGAGGGAGCCGGCGUGGCAUGCCCAGUGGAACCUGGCGCUGUGGGAUGAUGAUAGCUUGAUUGUUGUGCCCGGGAGCCACAAGCGAGCGCGCACGGAGGUCGAACGGGACGCUGAUCCGUUUGAGAAAGGCAUUCCGGGGGAGAUCAGGGUCCAGAUGAAGGCGGGGGAUGUGGUGUUUUACAAUAAUAAUAUCUUGCAUCGAGGAGCGUAUGUUAGUGGCAAGGAGAGGAUGACCCUGCAUGGGAGUAUGGGCCAUCGAAAGGGUAGUGUGCUGAGAGCGCGGAAUGUGCUGCAGCAUGGUAUUGGAGAGUGGGUGGCGGAUAUCGAUCUGAGUGGCUUGGAAGGCGAGGAGAGGAACAGGGCUGAGAGCAUGAGGGAGAGGCUUAUUCAAUUGGGGGCUGAUAAUACUGAUGUUGGAUUCUCGCUGGAGGGGUGA